AUGAUUGCUAUCGCCAUUACAUUACUUUUACAAUUGUCCUUUAUUCAUGGACAAAGUUCAUGUACACCAGCAGCAAUAGCAGCCUGUGGUACAAAUCCAUGCGUUCAAACAGGCACUGCUUUCUCAUGUCUUUGUCCAGACAUGACAUUACAACAAACAGCAGCAGCAUGUGGUACCACUGCAACUACUGCAGCUCCAGUUGUUAUACCAAAUCAAUGUGCAAAUGCUGUAUGUCCAGCUGGUGCUUCAUGUAUACCAACAAAUCAAAAUCCAGCUGCUUAUGUAUGUAUUUGUCCAAAUAAUGUUCUUGCAAAUCCUGACUGUCCAACAAACUUACCAGCAAAUAAUCCAUGUGCAGUUAGUAAUCCAUGCUCCAGCGGUGGAACAUGUGUUAUUAACCCAUUGAGUGGUACAGCAGUUUGUGUUUGCCCCAAUGGAACUUAUGGGCCCAAAUGUGGUUAUGGAUGUCGACCAAAAUGUGAUUCAGAUUGGUGUUAUAAUGGUGGUCGGUGUACUAAUGCAUAUGGUCAAGCAUACUGUGCCUGUGGAAAAAAUUUCCGUGGUCGACGAUGUGAACUUCAAAAUAAUAAACAUAACUAUGUUUAUUUACAUCAUAAUCCACAUCAUUAA